CGAUUGACAUCUUAUCAGCGUCGUCAGCUCUGAUCUCUCAAAUUAAUGCUUUGCAGACACAUUGAGUUCGGUAUUCGUCUGAAAACCAGAAUGCGUCGCAGGCGACAAGGCAACUCUCUUGCCCAUCAUUGUCCACCUUCGCGAACAUGAUGAUGCCUGAAAUAGCACCAAAUCCGUUUUCCUGGCAUCGGGGGUUCAAGUCAAAGAUUGGGACGCAAAGCAGCAUGUGGGAUGGCGAAGCUCAACACCGCCGCCAAAGCCCGGCCGCAAGGUCAGGUCAAUGUUGUGCCGCUGUUGUGAAGUUUACCUUCCCCGUGAUUAUCUUCAUGGGCAUUUUUGGCUUCGUCUUGACGAAUUUUUUUCCUGCAGAGUUUAGACACUUCAUCCACGGAAGCGAUACAGAAAGAAGAAUCUCCGGCACGGACCUGGAACACCUCGUGAGUCCAACUCAUGUUGACAAAGGAGGCUCUCGCCGACUGCGACUCUUCAUGCCCGCCGAUGGACCAAACAUCAAUCUCUGCAAGACAGUCUUGUCAGCCGUCGCGCUGGGCUACCCCAUGCCGACGCUUCUGAACUGGAACGGGGAAUUCAACAGACCCGACUGGCACUUUGGCGGGUCUCACAUUGCGAAGCUCGAGUCGCUUUUGGCGGUCAUUGAUGCGCUUUACGAAAGGGAUGACGGGGAUGAUAUGAAUGAGAAUGACCUUGUUCUUCUUGUGGACGCCUAUGAUAUCUGGUUUCAACUCCCCCCUUCGGUCUUAAUCGAGCGCUUCCAUCACUUGAAUCGUAAAGCCAAUCUCCGGGUGCAGAAGCAGUGGGAGGAGAGUAGCAUGAAUGGCGGUUUCCCGAUUAGCCCCCCGACACAGAACAUCAUCGUCACUACGGCCAAGGAUUGCCAGCCGGACUGGGAGUCAGGGUCCGAUCCGCGGUACGACUACUGGCCUGAAUCGCCCCUACCACGAGACUUCUACGGGGAGAAGACUGGUCAGGUGCUACCUUAUAUGUUUGAUUCCGCGAGGAAGUACAAGAAGAUUCGGCCCCGAUGCGUCAAUAGCGGAAUGAUCAUGGGCACCAUCGGCUCUCUACGGGGCGCUUUGCGAAGGAGUAAAGAGAAGAUCGACAAGGCCGCCGCGAGCGGACGGCAGCUCUGGAGUGACCAGGCGCUCUUUGCGGAGGUCAUUGGGGAUCAGGAGGUCUGGCGCCACUGGGUCCGGGGCCUAUCUUCAACGUGGAAUGGGUUCGUUUCUCAAGAGCAUCUUGAGAGCAUGCCGAAGAAGGUGCGGCAGAUUGCAGACGCGGCGCUGGCAGGUGAAAAGUUCGAAUUUGGAAUCGGGCUGGAUUAUGAAUUUGCCACGAUCCCGCCUACCUGCUCCUCCGAAGACGACGGGUACUUUGUGGAGCUUGGCGACGUUGAGGCGGUCAAGAGAGAGUCUGAAAAGGCAGGAGUCCCAGGCGAUGUGAGGGUACAGGGCAUCCCAGAGGAGUUACGAGACGUUCCUCGGCCUCUUCCCGGGCAUAGCUGGGGUAACGUCUCGCUCUACACCGACUUCUUCUUUGGUACAGCGCCUGUGGGCAUACAUCACAACGCAUACAUCUUCGGCUUGAAGAAGUGGCGUUUGGAGAACUGGUGGAGUCUGACGUGGUUUUACCCUCACUUGCGCGAUCUCGUAAUGGGGGCUCUCGAUGCGAACCGGAAGUUGAUACCUCUAGCGAGACCUCUUACUCGCGGUGACAGCGGAAACGAGAUGGUUUACUGGGCGGCGGAGGAAGAGAUGAAUGGAAAGAAGAGCGUUAGGAUUUAUGACGGAUCGAAAAAGCCGGGGAACUUUUCAUCCAUUGGUUGGGAUGGAAUAUGCCAGAAAGGAGAUGAGGAGUGGUAUGAUGUGCUGUUUGGAGACGGAAAGGGGCCGCUGAAGGUGUGAGGUAUGCAGUGAGAGACGCAUUAAUGAACUGUCAACUUGGCGAUGGCAGGACAAAUCCAUCUCUUUCUUGGAACCUGCCUUUCGACUAGUAGUUGGUAAAACUAUGCUUCUUUUUGUUGACCGAACAUCUGAUCGUGAUCUUCGCCGUAGGCCCUUCCACAGAUAGCUUCUUCAAUUUAUGGAAGACCUGAAGCGGAAGCUUCGUCUGACCCUCCUCUUGCUUCA